AUGCAUCCGUUCAAUGCCAUAGCCGACACCUUUGACGUGACUCCAGUACGAUCUCGACCUGUUCUCGCACCGCGAGUACCAGCCGUCACAGCACUCGCCGCAGAGAGAAGAGCCCCCAAUCGACGCAAGAAGCUCAAAUGGCGGACGCGCGAUUCCCAGGCUUCGCAGCUCUACAACUUGGAGCUGGACGUCAUGCAUCUUCAACAGGAGAUCCAACGCUUGGCAGAGUAUCAGCAAAUUCUCGACGCCCGCACUUUCAAUCGUCGUGAUGCGCUGGAUGGCUACUACGUCAAGACAGUGCAAGAGUACCACCGUGUAUUUGAGAACGGCUAUCGUCCAGGCACCCCGCUUGAUGCGACUCAGUACGUUAUGCAAACUAUGGACGAGAACCUGAGUAUCGGUGGGUUCAGCGGACGUGGCGUGAUGCUGCAUCAGUGGGAACAAUACACAAAGGCGCUCUCCGGCCUCGAAUUUCACUACCUGCGCUCUCAAGUCCUCUCGAUGGAAGGGCACACGGUCGUCACGUCCUAUGCCAGCUACAAACACAUCGUAACACGAGGCACUGUGGAAGUCAUGUUCCCUGAAGCACUACGACAAUAUCCACGCAUUGUGACGAAGAUGUUGGGGCGUGUGUUCAAAGGCGUUGGCAAGUUUGACUUCGUCUUUGACACGCAGACGCACAACAUUAUCUCGUUUGACUUCGAACUAGACUUCCUCGAAGAGUUUUCUCGUUUGCUUCAGGACCCGCGCGAUCUUUGUGCCAUUUUCAAAGGAGCAAGGAUCACCGAGGAAUGUCUGAUCGGGGACGUUACCGGCUACGGGGAGGUCACGUCGAGUCCAAACGCUGGUACAAUUGCGACAGCUACAGUUGAGAAAAAGACAGAGGCCAGUUUCGAUACAGAUUUAGAGGAUAAGACGCCUUCAGGGCAUAGCGACGAAGAGUGGCGACAGCCUUCGUUGACUAAUAGGACGGGCAGACGCAAGGAGAUUUGGGAUAACAUAUUUGACGAGAAUGCCAGUGAUACCGGUAGAGAUGAACUCGCGCUGUGCCAUGUUGAAGCAUUCACAAUAUCUCGCCCGACAACACUGAACACGAACAUUUCGGUCUCCGAAACCUUUGGCGUAACACCAGUACGGUAUCGACCCGUGCUAGCUCCGCGUGUUCCUGCCGUCGCAGCACUCGCCGCUGCGAGAAGAGCUCCCGAUCAACGCAAAAAGCUCAAGUGGCGGACGCGAGAUUCUCAAGCCUCGCAGCUCUAUAACUUGGAGCUGGACGUCAUGGAUCUUCGACAGGAAAUCCAACGACUGACUGAAUACCAGCAAAUACUUAGUGCACGGACUUUCAAUCGUCGGGAUGCACUGGAUGGCUAUUACGUCAAGACAGUGCAAGAGUACCACCGCGUGUUUGAGAACGGUUAUCACCCGGGCGCCUUGCUUGACCCGUAA